CCCGACUAUGUUUUGAAAUGCAUCAGGCAGGGCUGUUUCUUGUUUGGAGACGGCAGCAUUCAAUAUCUUGAGUGCCUGCUUAACAGGUGCUUUUGGCGGUGUGGAACCUGCAGUCAGGAUCAUGGAAGAGAACUCUCUUGGUAAAGAGAACAGUCAGCAUGUAAUCGUUAGAUGUUCCAGGUCACAGGAACAAGAGUAUGACAAAACUGCCAAGUCUGAGCACCAGAAAAAGUAUCGUAAUACUCUUAGGGUUUGAAUGAUCAAUAUGAUACAUUUAAUCAUGGUUUCACAUUCCCUGUAGUAGAAGCAGAUUCUCACCCCGGCAUUGUCUUACUACUCUGUGGUUGUAUUUUUGAUACAUUCUGUUUAUCUCUCUCAUGGUGGGUUCAGGCUCCAUCAUUGGAUAUACAGCAUUUAUGCAGCUUUUCCAUUACCCAGAGAUGCACUCUUUGUUCUACCUGAGUUUGAUCGAUCUGCUGCUGGGGCUUUGUUGGUUGAUUGGAGCUCUGCUUUGCAGGGACACCAUCACUGCUCAGAAUGUGAACUGCUACAAUCUCCAGGCGGUCGGACAGAUCCUGUGCAUCUGUUCAUUUUGCUACACUCUGAACUAUAUCUGGUGCCUGUUCAGUGAACUGAGGACAAAGGUUCACACUGUGGAGAAUGGCACAUCUGGCCUGAACAUGACUGAAUGGAGAGCCAGAGUGAAGAAGGUUCUUGUAAUCUUACCCAGGUUUUUUUGCAGCUUGAUUCCUGUCAUGCUGAUGGUUCCGGUAUUUUCUAUUGGAAAUGGAUAUGGUUGUUAUGCCAACUACAGCAGCUCAGGCUUCCUGCUGCCGUUAAUUCUUGAAGAGAGCUACACUGUGGAUCAGAGAACUGCAUGUUAUGCUGUCUACCUGUACAGCACCAUCACCUUCCUCAUCACUUUCUUCUUUACUUUACUUGGACUUGUGAUUUUUCUAAUUCAAACCCGGUUCUUGUAUAAACCGGUGCAUGUGACAGGGUAUUUUGGAGCUGAGCAGUGGGCAAAGAUCGGUGUGUUUGAACGGAGUAUCGUCUUGUAUUCCACAGCUUUUAUCUUCUGCUGGGUCCCAGCGAGUAUUCUUGCCAUGGUCAAGCUGCUGAAUCCAAUGAACAUGAGCCACCUUUACAUUGUACUCUACUUUCUCCAGGCAUUCACAGCUCCAUCGCAGGGACUGCUGAACUGCAUUUUGUACGGUUGGACCCAGAGACUGUUCCUAUACAUGAAGCAAAGUGCCUACUGUGACGCUGACACACAAACCCCACUCCUGCGUUUCCAGAAACGGGUAUACUGCAGUACGAAGAGUACUGAAGUGUUCUAAAGAAUCAGCUUAAAGUCUCAAUGGUCUGAAGGUGUCAAGAAUGACAUUCCAUUUUUUAUAGCUCUUUUCACAUUUCUUUCAAGAUAUCCAAAAGUGCCUUACCAACCAAUGAAGCAUACAGAAUCACAACUCCCACAACCACUCCAUCCACCUCGGAGAUGGUAAAAACUACAUGUCGAGUUUGACAGGAUGGAGGGGAUACAAAUGAGGGGGACGAAUAUUGAUUCUUACUAUGCUGCAGGAAGAAGCUGGUAUUUCCAGUGUUCUCUUAAGUAUAUUUAUUUUUAAACCUAUGAAAUACGUUAAAGUUUUUUUAAAAAAACUUAACUGUCAAGUUGUUAUCUUUUGCAAGGGGAAACAAUAAAAGUCUGCCCGU